GGAUCCAAAAUUAUUGAUUAAACAGUGGUCCCUUUACGCAGCCUGGGCAUCUCUUUUGAAACAUCUAUGCUACGUAUAUGACGCACUUUCCCUUUCUAUCAUUUAUCGUCCUUUCGGGAAUAAUCAGCUGCCUCGAGUCAUAUCACGUAAUCAGUCUACCUACAUCACACCUGGAUUCCCAAUCAGAGUCAGGAAAAUUUAAAAAAUCAGAUAUAUUUAAUAGUAGACAAUAAUUUCAUACUCGUAUUUUCAUAUUACAAAUACACUCUAAAUAAUUCGGAGACAAAUCGUCACCGGCGGAGGUUCUAUAGUGGUCUAUUGAUUAAGCAGACGUUUGUCACCAACGGGAAAUACGUCAAAAACUUACGUACCAAACACAAAGAUAUGGAUUAAAUUGUAAAAAUCACAACUCAAUAAGUUUGAAAAAAAAAUUUCGAACAAAUACAUAAUUUUCGAAGAAAAAUUCUGAAAUCAUAAAAAAUUUCUAUUUACAAAUGGAGGAAAUCAGCGUAACCGUCACAACCGGGAGGAAGAACAGUAUAAACAUUUUACGAAAAUUGAGCCACCCCGUGUGCCACGUGAAGGGGGAGGACCCACGUGGUCAUGGCGUCGCACCCUCGCGGAAAAAGCUAAUCACCGGCUUGGCAACCGUGGCCUUUUUAGCGAGUGUUGUGGUCAUCAGAUUGGUGCAAAUUGCGACGACGUCCUCGCUCGUGGAGGGGGACAUGUUAUGGAAGGGAUUCCCCCUCUAUUUGGCGAUAAAUGGGCUGAUCUGUCUCGUCCUGAUGGUCGCGCUGUAUUUGUUACUGUGCUGGAAAGAGGAUGCAAAUCAGCGCAGGUGGAUAUUGAAAGACAAUUUUUCCCUCACGUUGGGCCAAUCCAGUAAAAAGGUUCAUUUCGAUGCCGCCAUUUCCUUGAAGUGGAACAAGAAACAAAAACCCGACGGGGUUCCGGAGGGGCCUCAUUUUACCAAAUUUUUAUCCAACUUGUUGGAAACUUUGGAUACUAAAUUGACCCAGGUUUCUAAAAAUAUGUCAUCCAGUAACGAGUUGGACGUUUACAUGGCAGCCGUUCGCCUCUGGUCGAUUUCGCCCCCGUGCGAAGGAGAUCCAGAAUUGAGGUCGAAAUGGGUAUACUUAUUGAACGAUAUGGCGGCCUUUUUGGAGGAGCGGAAUAGGACAAGAUGAAAAUCCGGAUGAACCAUCAAUUUGAAAUCCUUUAACAUACAUACAGUAAUAAUAAUUCCUUCCUGAAGUUAAUGUAUCAAUAAUCAAACUUCACAAAAGAACCACGUCACCCUUAUGUAUUAAUAUAUACUCUCUCUAACAAAUUCGUAAUAACGAAAAAAUGUUCCAAAAGGUUUAAACAC